AUGGAGGACCCUGAGAAGAAGCUGAACCAGAAAAGUGACAGCAAACCCCGGAAAGUACGAUUUAAAAUCUCUUCCUCCUACAGCGGCCGCGUGUUGAAGCAGGUGUUUGAGGAUGGGCAGGAAUUAGAGUCGCCAAAGGAGGAAUACCCUCACAGUUUCCUCCAGGAGUCCCUUGAACCGAUGAAUGGUGUUUACGGGUCUGGGGAAGCCCCCAAACCCCGGCCGUACUCCCCUAAGCUGACUGCUCAGAGGAUCAGCGUGUUUCGAGAGGGCAGUGCCUACACCAUGGCGGGCAGCCAGCCUUUCUUCAAUGAUUACAAGGCAAAUGCCCAUAAGUCCCCACCUAUUAUAGAUUUUGGAAAGAUAAUCAUCUACACGAAUAACCUGAAAAUUAUUCGAACUCCAAUGGACAAGAGAGAUUUCAUGAGGAAAAUGCUCCAAAAGGAAGAGGAGGCCGAGGAAGAGUCUCUGAUGCACAAAGAAGAAAUCUAUGGAGACCAGAACGAUGGGCUUUUGGCAGAGACAGCAGGCACCUUCCCCCAUAACCAGUACCCACAGGAAGGGGAGCUUCCCGAGGACAACUGUUUUCACUGCCAGGGAUCAGGCAGUGCCACCUGCUCUCUGUGCCAUGGCAGCAAGUUCUCGAUGCUGGCCAACAGAUUUAAGGAGUCCUAUCGGGCCCUGCGGUGCCCUGCCUGCAAUGAGAAUGGCCUGCAGCCUUGCCAGAUUUGCAAUCAAUAG